AUGUCCGACCCCAACCGUCCUCCUCCCUUUCAUUAUCCGUCUUACACCUCUUCAUCCUCAUCCGAGUAUCCAGGAAAUGAGGCCACCUUCAACGACUGGGCGGUGCCCCAGUAUUCGCAGCCGUCAUAUGCACCUUCCGUGACCUACGACAUGGUAGCUGGCUUUGCGGAAAACCCCGCAGGUGCUUCGCCUAUGUUUUCUGGCGAGAGAGCUUUAAAUUCCAAGGUAGCAAUUCCCAGAUCAGCAAACCCGAGCAACUGGACUAGCAGCGGACGGGUCAGUCGGGCAUGCGAGAAUUGUCGAGAACAGAAAGCCAAAUGUAGCGGGCAUCGCCCAACUUGUCAGCGAUGCCAAGAAGCUGGCACUCGUUGCUCGUACGGCGAUCGGAAACGAGAGAAGAUGGCCAAGUGCGUUGUGUGA